AGUUGUACAGUUAUAAAAGUGUCACCACCAAAAACCGGCAAUUGAAGCGCGUUUAUUUGCAGUGAAUUAGUUUUGUUUUUUGGCAUUGUUUUACCUAAUUAAAGUUGUGAAGCAAUGGAGACCCGGCUGGAAGUGCGCUUGCGGGAGCCGAAUCCAUUGUUCACCCGUUGGCUGGAGCGCUGGCUGCGCGAAGCGGAGCGCCGAGAACAGAAGUCCCAGUUUAGCCUGCGCCAGGCGCUGGAGUCCCUAAAAAGCUACCCGCUGCCAUUGGCCAGCGGACGAGACUGCUCCAUUCUGCGCGGCUUUGGGGGCACCCUCUGCCAGCUAAUCGACGAGGAACUUCGCCAUCACAGAGGCCUCCGAUUGCUGCCCCAGGAGGCCGUGUUUCAGGAGCGCUACGAGCAGCAGGUCCAGGCGGUCGUACGCAAGGUUCAGGAGAAGCAGCUGGAACACCAGAAACGCCAGAAGAAAAGCGACAGGCCCAGGAAGCCAACCAAAAAAGAUCUGGCGGAGCUGGCGGCCCAUGAAGAGCGGGAGCGCGUCGUGGAAAUGAAUCCGGGUCAAUUCCAGUUGCUCCUUUUGGUGGAUACUCAGGAAACCAGUGGCAAAAACAAGAAAGUUCUGGACCAGACGAGGAGCUACUUGGAUUCAUUGGAAGCCCGUCAUCAAGUGCGUCGCCUAACAAUCGGCGAUUUCCUUUGGGUGGCCCAGGAUCAAGAGGGCAAUGAACUGGUUUUACCCUACAUUGUGGAGCGCAAGAGGAUGGAUGACCUGGCAUCGAGUAUACGGGAUGGUCGCUUCCACGAACAGAAGCACAGGCUGCAGCACUGCGGCCUGCAGCACAUAAUCUACCUGGUCGAGGAUUAUGGCGACAACGAGCAGCUGGGUCUGCCACUGGAUUCUUUGCAGCAGGCUCUGACCAAUGCCAAAGUUCAAACUGGUGUCCGAGUAGUGCGCACGGCGAAUCAUUACCGAUCCAUGAGCUAUUUAGCCGGAAUGAGUCGCUCCCUUGGCCAGAUAUUCGCCGGCAAGAAGUUGCACAGCGUGGAUCGCGGGGCCCUCGACCAAUCCACCUGCCUGCUCACGAAUUCCGACCUGGGGUUGCUCAAGUUUCGGGCCCUCUAUGAGGAUUCCGCCAAGAAUGCCCAGCUCACAGUGCGCGAGGUUUUCGUGCAACAGUUGCUACAGCUGCAUUCCCUCUCCCUCGAACGAGCCAUGGCUAUUGUGGAACGAUACCCCACCCCACGCUGCCUGCUGGACGCAUACGCUGAAUGUGCAGACCAAAAGCAGGCCAGGCUACUCCUCGCCAGCAUCCCGUGUGGACCCCUGGAACGUCCACUAGGCGACAAAAUCAGCCAGUGCCUACACGAAUUCUACAGCACUCACUUUCGUUAGGAUUAGCAAUUGAUUUAAUGGGACAUAUCUAGGGUUAUAUACACGAGUUUUUACAUAAGUGAGAGAGAGAAUACGUUGGACAUUGAAUAGUGUGAUCUAGUCUAAGCCAAAAAAUGUACAAGUCAGCCGCCCUUAGAUGUUGCGGAAGUGCCGGAUGGCCAGGUCCACCGGCAAGUCGAAGUCAAAUCGAGAAAGAGCAUCGAUGGAGCGCAGUGAGUCGCGGAAUCCUGUGCGGGCCACGUAGCUGUCUGUCGAGUAGUACGUGUCUACCAGUUCAUGGCAGCUGAGGAUCAGGUUCAGCCACUCCACCAGCAAAUGGGAGCUGUUUGAAGGAAGAGGAAAGCUUUUCGAUUAAAAAAAGUGUGAUAAAGCGUUUAGCCCGUGCUAAUAACUCACUUGAGUCCGGCGCAGACGAAGGCCUUAAAGUGCGCGUUGUUGCUGCGUUUGUAAGGACGAUGCAUUGCCACAAUCAUGCCCACGGCACUAAGCAAACUUUGCUUGUCGGUCACAGCCUGCGCGUCCACGAUGUCCAGCUGGAAGCUCUGCGACAACUUUCUGGCAGGCGUGUUGUUGUACUCCUCGCCGUGCUUCAACCUAUAAUAGGCCAGUACUAGUUCCCAGGCGUGCAUGGCCCUGCCCAAGCCGAGGAACUGCGAGUCUCCUCCGACGGCGGGCGGCACUACCGGAGGUCCAGGGUGCAGGCACCUCAUGAAGGGAACCAUCAAACUGGAGGCAGCCGAUUCCGCUGGUAUGCGAAGUCCAUGUUGUAUAAGCUGCUGCAAUGUGCGGGCAAAGUUCUUCCGCACAACCGUAGUCAAUUCCCUGCCAAUUGUGGCAAUGGAGUCACCGCGUGCAUGCGUCGUCCGCCGGCUCUUGCUCUCCUUUUCCCACUCAAAGUUGGAGUAGCUAAUGUCCUCGUCGGAGUCGGAGGAUAUGGCGCCGCCGGACGCAUAUGGAGCCAGUUCGUGACCAGUUGGCACUGCUCGCCGGCAACGAGGCGGCAGGGUCAGUGCUCCGUUUUGGGAGUUAAUAACCGGAUUGUCAGUGUCGGUGAAAGCGGUUGAAUCCGCCUGUUGUUGCUGUUUGCGCAAAGCUCUCUUGAUGUUGGCCAACUUCUCGCGGUCGCAGCUCAAAGUGGCGGCCAGUGCAGCUACUUCCUGGAUGUCCACCUCAAGCUGGGCACGCAGAUCCCUAAAUUGGGUGAAUGAUCAAAUCAGGUUGGUGUUCUUUACUUUGGUGUUGGUGCUUACGAUGUCCAAACUUGAAAUCUUAAGUUUAUCUUUAAAUAACAAAAAUACUCUCGGGAACCGAAA